CGUGGACUACAGCAGAGCAACUGCGCUUUCCGCCGCCGCCACGGAGCCGCCGCCACAGCUCACUGAUCCGGGAGGCCCAGGUCUUGAGCUUUGGCGGGGUGCAGAAUGGAAGCGAAGGCAGCGUCCACACAGGCUCCAGGCAGCGCGUGCUCGGUGUCCGCGGAGGAGAUCGAAAAGUGGAUGGAAGAGGCAAUGUGUAUGGCCAAAGAUGCCCUUGAGAACACUGAGGUUCCUGUUGGCUGCCUUAUGGUGUACAACAAUGAAGUUGUGGGGAAGGGAAGAAAUGAAGUGAAUCAAACCAAAAACGCGACUCGACAUGCAGAAAUGGUGGCCAUCGAUCAGGUCCUCGACUGGUGCCGUUGCAGUGACAAGAGUCCUUCUGAAGUGUUUGAACACACCGUGUUGUACGUCACGGUAGAGCCGUGCAUCAUGUGUGCGACUGCUCUCCGCCUCGUCAAAAUCCCACUGGUUGUGUAUGGUUGUCAGAAUGAACGAUUUGGUGGCUGUGGCUCUGUUUUAAAUAUUGCCUCUGCAGACUUGCCACACACUGGGAGACCGUUUCAGUGCAUUCCUGGGUUCCGGGCUGAGGAAGCAGUGGAAAUGUUAAAGACCUUCUACAAACAAGAAAAUCCAAACGCACCCAAAUCCAAAGUUCGGAAAAAGGACUAUCAGAAAUCUUGAGCUUGUUCUGAUGACAAAACUCACGUCUCAAAGUGACCUGAACACGAUUCUUGGACCAAAAGCUGUUGACAUCGUUGACUCAUGUUUCUAUAUUGUUCAUCUACAGGAAAAUGCUAUCUCUGAUCUUUUGCCCUGUUAGGUGAACAAAUUAGCAUGUUUCAGAAGUCUGACCAUUGUAAACGACUGUUAGCUUUUCCAGAAGCCGAAAGGAUGUCUUAAGAUGGAUAAAAAAGUUAAGGUUUGAGGUCUUAGAACUUAGCAAGCAGUGCACAUCCAUCUGGUCACUACAUUAUGCACAUCCAGAAAAAGUGCUGACUUUUCAGAGAAUGUGCACCAGACCCAGGGACCUGGCAUGCGUUCGGACAAGAGUGUGCCACCUGUGGACACAGCCUCCAGGACGGGCAUUUCAGUCUCCCAGGACUGGAGGCCUGUGACUUCUUUCUAAAUUGUGUGUGUGUGUUGUAUAUAUAUUAUCAUGAUUAUAUGGUCCUUUUUUUUUUGCUUUUAUAAAGCAUUUGGAGAAAAUGAAUACUUUUAAAAUAAAUGCUUAAGUGUCAUUUUUAAAUUAUAGCAUAUUGCUAUCAUAAAACCUUGUGUAUGAUUUUGGAGAUGAAUAGUUUUAAAAAUAAAAUAUAAAAAUAUGAGUGCUGUUGAGCGACUAUACUAUGCCAGCCUCCAUUUGUUCCAUGGAUUAGUGAACCCAACAAACACCCUGCCCUCCUGCAGCUUGCAUCCUAGCAAGGGGAGACAGAUGACACAUAUAAUCAGUUAUCCAGUUCGUUGGAGGGUGGUAUGAAGUAUGGCAUAGGAAAAAGCACAGGGUAAAGGGAAUGGGUGUGCCAGUUGGUGGUGGGAGUUUCAAUUUAUCUCAAAUUAAAUACAGCUUUUAUUUAUUUAUUUUUUUAAGUCCAGAUAAUAAGGACUAGCAGGUAGUGUGGAAAGGUGUGAGACUCCCAUUUGGAUGACCAUAGU